AUGAACUCAUUGUCUCCCGCUCAAAUUGACGCGUUGCUGUAUAUGAAGCAAGACCAAGUUUCGUCGCCAGCUAUUUCAGAACCAGAGAUUUUUAUAAUGGAUCAAAAUUCCAAUUCCAAACGUCAUUCUGCCUCCUCAGACUCUCAGAACGACGAAGACAGUUCUAUUGCUAUGUUGUCCCCUCCAUUGUCUCCAUAUCCUACGAAGGCAUAUAUUGCCCCUGUAUUCCAGGUGAGCGAGAAAGAAGGUUCAAUUGCUAGACCAUUAUCUCGCUCUGAACUGAUCAAGCCUUCAUCAAGCUCUAUUCCUUCAGUGUUUGAUGCUGCUCCUGUUGUCAGAUCUGGCUUCAAGUCUAAGAGAUCAUCUCUUAAGAAGAGCUCUUCUGCUAUUCCUAGAAGUUCUCACAACCCAUACAAGGUUGCUAAGCAUGAUCCUAAGAACCCCCUGAUCAGCAGUGCAUGGUCAUCGUUUCAAAAUGAUCCUGUAGGAUACUUCAGGAGAGAGCGUGCUUACUUGGAUCUGUAUCCAGUUAAUGGUCCUACUUGGUCCAAUUAUGUUUCUGUUGAGCCUAUUAAUCUGCCUAGUGCUCUUUUAUUGAGAAGUUCUGCUGGUAGUAGUUCCAGAGCCAACCGAUCGCGUGCUUCAAGUGCUCGUCGUAGAAACGACUACAGUUCUGACAGCGAUGCUUCUAGUAUGGUUACUCGAAGCUCUAUGCGUGCUGCUGGCAACAAUUCAAGCACUGCUGUUCCUAAGGUGUCGUACUCUGAUUAUAGCGAUAGUGGAGUUUCAACACCUCUUCCUGCACCAACUCCAAGAAGACCAGUGAGCAGAGCACCAUCAUCGAGCCGAUCUUCAACUCCAUCUCGAGUCCAUGAUCUGUCAUUGUCUCAAAUUACAGACUACUCACCUUCUCCUGAUACAUUACCUCCUGGCAAGUCUUUGCGUGCCGAGUGGAAAGGCGCCCCCAUGGAUCUGUCAGACGAUCCCAAUGUACACUUAUUGCACCCUGCCGAGGUUCACCUUGCAUCUGUCUUGCGACUACCAGGAGACUUGUACCUCGACUCGAAGAAGCGUCUUUUUGCUGAGAAAGUUCACCGCAUGCGACAAGGACUGCCGUUCCGCAGAACUGACUCUCAAAAGGCGUGUCGCAUCGAUGUCAACAAGGCAUCCAGACUCUUCUCUGCAUUUGAAAAAGUCGGCUGGUUGGAAGACCACCACUUCAAGAGAUUUCUUUAG